GAUUUCCGGCACAAACCCCGCCCACUCCCCCUCAGCUCCUGAGGCGACUUCCGGCCGCCGUUUCCCGCCGUGGCCGCCAUGUUCCUGCAGUGCUACACCAACGAGCGCGGCGAGCGCGUCUACACCCUGCGGAGGAUGUCCCCGGACGGGACCCCCACACGCUCGGCUCACCCCGCCCGCUUCUCCCCCGAUGAUAAAUUCUCCCGCCACCGCGUGGCUUUAAAGCGGCGUUUCGGGAUUCUGCUCACCCAGCAAAGCCGCCCUGUGCUCUGAGCGAGCCCAGAAAUCCCCCCCGGGACCCUCGGAGCGAGGAGAGACCCCCAAAAACCCCCCCGAGAGCCCC